CUCUCCCGGGUGAAGGGGGUUUGAAUCCGUGUCCAUCCCGCGGUGUUGAGGGACCGGGAGAGCUUGAGGGAGUGAAACAUGGUCCAACGCUUGACAUACCGCCGUAGGCUGUCCUACAACACAGCCUCUAACAAGACUAGGCUAUCUCGAACACCAGGUAACAGGAUUGUUUACCUUUACACCAAGAAGGUCGGCAAAGCACCAAAGUCUGCAUGUGGUGUGUGCCCAGGAAGACUUCGUGGUGUUCGUGCUGUUCGUCCUAAAGUUCUUAUGAGACUGUCCAAAACAAAGAAGCAUGUUAGCAGAGCCUAUGGUGGAUCCAUGUGCGCUAAAUGCGUUCGUGACAGAAUCAAACGGGCAUUCCUUAUUGAGGAACAGAAGAUUGUUGUCAAGGUGUUGAAGGCCCAAGCACAGAGUCAGAAAUCAAAGUGAAUAUUUGUGUUUGCCUAAUAAAUGAAAAAUCAACUUUC